CAUUCUGACGUUUCCAUGGAAGCCCACCAAUGUCACAAAACGGCCGAUCUAUGAUAGCUAACACAAUCCGAAGGCUACACAAAUGAAUCUGUGCAAUUAUAUACAUAGCUAGCUCGGAGACGAUAACAGUCGCACACAGACAUCUCCAGUUUGUUCGUUAUUUCAACACUAACUCCGGAAAGGACGAGCAGAAUGAACCGGUUUAAUGUCGCCGUCCCCGUCGACGAAUACCUCUCCGACAGUAAUGUGUUGUUUUACCUGAGUGAUGCAGUGACCCAGCUGCUGGAACAUAAAGAGGAAUACACGCAGUUUGGAGUGGUCCGCUACUUUGCUGAAUACUUCAGCAGCGUGAAGAACAGUAACCAUGUCCUCUUCAGAGAGUAUAACUACAUUAAGGCGACUCCUCAUAACAGAGCCUCCUUCAUCAGAGUCUUCUGGAGAUGCUACAGGCAGAUCGGCAAGAGUGGGGACUUACUAUCCAUGCACGAGUACAGGUCUCUGCUGCAGUUAUUGUGUCCAGACUUCCCAGCAGAGAUGGUGCAAAGCGCAGCCAGAAUUGUUUUGAUGGACGACGCCAUAGACUGCCUGAUGUCUUUCUCUGAUUUCCUCUAUGCCUUCCAACUGCAGUUCUACUACCAAGAAUUCUUGGACAGCGUGCUCGUGAUCUACCAGGAUCUGUUAUCAGGGAAGAGUCCAAACACUGUCAUCGUCCCCACAUCGGCCUCCAUCGAGCAGCUCCCCUCCGUGGCUGCAGAGGAGAACGAAAAGGAGGAGCAGCAGCAGGACGGGGUGGAGUCUUCCACUCUGGCUCAGUGUGUAGACGACCUGUGUGACAGGUUUAAACUCAGUCAUCCUCCAAGGUCCUGUAUGAGGGAAGCACUGGAACAGGUGGACAAAGUUUCUUACUACAGCUUCCUGAUGAGCAUGGCUAAACAUGAGACCAUCAACCAGACAAUCGGAGCGCUACCCAGCAAGGCAGAGCUGCUCAUUGACCCAGAGAUGGACCAGGAACUUGACAAGCUCAUCGCCCAGAUCUCAGUGAGUCCUGGCAGCAACAGCAGUGGCAGCGCUGUGGGGGCACUGAAGGAGGUGCAGAGGAAGGCCUCCCCCAGGAGGAACAUUCACCACAGGAGGAGGAUGGAGGUGGAAAGUGACGGCUCCACAGAAGAGACAGACUCCUCUGAAAACUGACCUGUGACGUGUAAACUUCCAUUGUAGGUCCAGAUCUCAGGAUGUCUGCAUAGCAUACAUCAUAUUAAACCUCUAAUCUGCAGAGGUGGAAAAGCGCACAUUGAGACCCAAGAAGAAGAAAACACUUCACACAACUAGUGAAAAAAAGUCCAGUUAAGCUGUGAGGUAUUCAGAGUAGUUCCUGUAUACUUACCCAGGCACUAUUACUUAUAUGUGUUUGGUAUAGAGAGAUCUGGAAUUACUCCUUUAUAUUGAUAAGGCUGUUUCUGCAUACAGGCCGUAAUAGCUGCCAAGUAAUCCUUUGCGGCAAAACCAUUUCAUUUAAAACCAGAAAAAAACUUUUGCAUGGCUCCCCUCAAAGCUACCAGACUCCACUGACCAUGUUGAAUACAGAAUUAUUGUCAACUGCUGCACCAGUAAAACAUUUUUGUUAUGCACUUUAGCUUCACUGUGGAUGCUUUGAAUUGUUGUCUCUGUCUGCACUGUUUAGUUUUGAAUAUAAAUGUUGUCACUCCAAACAGAA